GUCAACAGAUGUCAACAAGCAAAGCUAACAUCAACUAAAACACAACAAAUAAUUUUUUAAGAGUUAAUAGCUCUGCACAGCUUAGCGUACAAAUAGUUUGUCAAAAAUAAAACCAACGCAAAUGGAGCUUUCCGAGCUGUCUGGCGUUUGUCGCCUUUGCUUCAAGAGCCACCAAGACAACCUCGACAUUUUCAGUAAUCCGGAUUUGGAGGAGAAAAUGAUGACGGUGUUCAACUACACGAUCAACUAUCACGAUCAACUGUCCCAAAUUGUGUGCUCCACAUGCUUCGGUUUUAUUUACCGAAUUCACAAUUUCCUGGAAAUGGUAGGAAAGAAUCAAGCUUAUCUAGACGCACUACUUCUUGCUGCAGAUGACGGAACAAGCAGCCAAGAAAUACCGGAUCAUUCGAUGGACCUGGAAGUCGAGGAACAGUUUAUAACAGAAAAGAAUGCGAGCACUCCUGAAAGCACUCUCCAGAUCACAGCCGAACUGGAUUUGAUUGAUUCCGACACUCAACCAGACGACGAUGACGAUUGUAUCGUCGUGGAAGAGGAAUCCUUACUCCAAAAGCCUCCCCACAGAAAAAGGAGUCCUAAAAAAGGCGAACGUCAUCCGUGCGACCAAUGUGACACGACAUUUUCCCGAAAGGGAGACCUUCAGAGGCACCGGAAGAACAAACACGAUCCGCUCUAUCAGUUUCGGUUCGUGUGCAACAUUUGCGAUAGACCCCUGUCGACCAAGUACAACCUGAACGUACACAUGAUGCAGCACGCCGAGGUAUCAACGCCCAAGGUUCAAUGCGACAUCUGCCAGGAGUGGUGCAAGAAUGGACCCGCUUUGCGGUCCCACAAGGCCUACCGACACAAAAACCAGCGCACCCUCAACUGUGAGUUCUGUGGCAUUUCGAACUUUGCCAAUAAAAUUGAGCUGCGACACCACCUGCUGGAAUUGCACCAGGGAAGCAAAAAACCUGACGACGUGACCGUCAGAAGAAUAGUAAAGUAAAGAAUAGCGAACGAGAGUCUUGGCAGGAACAAAAUCUUCAAGAAUUUUUAAAGUUGAAACACGAGAUAUGGUAGAGAGUAUUAUUUCAGUGAACAUCAAUUCCAAUAUGAAAUAUCAAAAUGAAUAAA